CUGUACGUGAAGGCCAUCUUCACCGGCUAUAAGCGAUCGCUUCGUAACCAACGCGAGAACACAGCGCUUCUUCGGCUGGAAGGCGUGAACAGGAGAUCCGAAACGGACUUCUAUUUGGGUAAACGAGUCGCUUAUGUCUACAAAGGCAAGAGUAAGAGCCGAAUCCCGCGCCGGGAGGGAAAGACCAGCAAAUUGAGGGUAAUCUGGGGUAAAGUGACCCGAAGUCACGGCAAUUCGGGUGCCGUGAGGGCCAAGUUUGCGAGGAAUCUGCCGGCGCUGGCCAUCGGACGCCGGGUGCGAGUCAUGCUCUACCCGGCCAAGUUUGCGAGGAAUCUGCCGGCGCUGGCCAUCGGACGCCGGGUGCGAGUCAUGCUCUACCCGUCGAGAAUA